UAAGUGUUGCGUGGGUGUUGCGUUUGUGGGAAGCUCUUGUAUUCCUCCCAGGGAUUUCCUGAGCAGGAGGAUUUCCACUUGUAUGCUGGAGUCCACACGGACUGUGUGUGUCCACAUGCACCUGCAGCUAAUCCAGGCAUGUCCAGUACAUCUAAUGCUUUCAGGACAUACGGCUGUCCUGGUUAUCCCCAGAGUAUUUCUGCAGUGGGAACAGAGUAGCUCUGGCACUCCCUGAAAGCAUUAGUCUGGCUAUACACUGAGUUACCGUCAGCAGGCACAGCAAAGUCAGUGCACCCCGAACCUCCAGAAAUGGGGUUCAGCUUCCCACCACUUUGAUGCUUUGAAAACCGCAUGUGAUGGAUGAGGGUUUAAUUCAGUGAAGUGUUGAGCACUUCGAGAGCAUGUAAAACAGAGUCAGUCAGCCUCGGAUGGGUGGAGUGAUGUGAAUUGCAAAUUAUUUUGUUUUAGCUGAGCCAAGAAUUGCUUCCUUUCCCUUUCAAGGUCUGUAAGCCUCUGGAAAAAAAAAAGUUAAUUCUGAAAAAAAGCAUAGCUUUAAAAUAACUCUUUUUUUCCCUUUUAUAUCUGUCUCAAAAUAGUUUGUCAAUACUACAACAAAUUUGCAAACACCUUCGUUUCCUUUAAUUUAUUCAUUGUAAAAAUUUCCUCUAACUCCUGCUCCUCAUCCAGAAUCUGUUUUUAUGACCAUCAGGAAUCAAGGAACUUGCAGGGAUGUUUAUAUACGGAAUAUGUGAGCAGAACCUUCUUCCUUGUAGGGAAAGAUAUUAGAUAUAUUUAUAAGAAACCAAGGUUCAUUGCAAAAAAAGUCAGAGUGCUGCUUUUGACUCUAGUAAUCAUUUCAUUGAGAAGUAAAGUCUGUUUCUGAGUUUAAUCCUCCUCUACUUGCCAGUAAAAAAGAGCAGCUCAUGGCUGGGUGGCAAGCACAAGAUCAAGAUGAAGAGCAGAGGCAGCUACGCUGCUGUCAUGUGCCAGGGCUGGGAAAGCAUUUUUGUUAGCAAUCCCUAGAAAUGCGUUCGUUUAUUUGUAAGGCCGUCUGAAAGUUUUAGCUGUGUUUGUGGCUGGGUGCUCCUCAAACCUGCUCCUCAAAUCCAUCUUCCCAGCUGGGGCUAAAAUGUAAAAUUCCCCGAGUGGGGCAAGAGGACAGUCGCUGCCAUGCAAUGUCAGCAAGAAGGUAGCAGAGGCACUAAUUAAACAGCUCCUCCCUCUCUCAGGAAUCAGCUUCCAAAUUGAUGUUGGCUUCUUUGCAUAUGAAUGAAGAAACGUGCAGCAAGGCUUCACACCUAGCCAUAACCACUAAAACCUCAGUGGGAGGGUCCCAGUUUGGCCACCCAGAGCACGAGGGGUGCACCAUGGCCUGGGCACUGACCCAUCGGGGUCUCCUGGAACAUUUCACCUUGCAGAGAUGAUCCCUGGGGAAUAUGGAUUUUACUCACAGGUCUCUCAAGUACCUGUGCAAACUAGUGUCUGCUGACGGUUCACCCUCUGCCAGGCUAAAAAGCACCUUUUCCAUGUGAGCUUUUCCUGCUCUUCUCUGGGGUGGCUCCAGAUCCCUGCUUUGCCCCUGCACAGGUCUGUGGCCUCUCUUGCUGGGCAGUAGCAGUAGUAGCAGCUGUCAGGUUGUGGGCAGGUUCCUUGCUCCUGUUUGACAUCUUUUUCAGGGGAGAUCAGGUAGCUGCUGCUUUUCUCCCAUCCUUGUCAUGUUUGUAAUGGAUGGUUAAUGCUCCCGUUAUGCCCUGCUUGACAUCCCAGAAAGGAGCCUCGUCUUCAGCAGAUGCUGAAGGUACAUCCUCCAAAGCGUGUCAAGCUGGUCUUAAAAAGCAUGCUAAGAUACCCAGUACUGUGAGUUACUUUUUGAAAAUUUUGGUGCUGGGCUUGGGUGGUUGGCCCAGAGUUGUGCAAGGUGGCGAGUCGAGACUGGAGCUCAGUGCGUGUUUCUGAACAGCUGGCUGUGCCGCCCUGGAGAGCCCUGCUCUGCCGCCCGGGAUUCAGGGUGUCUGUGUGACCCCGCUACAAUGACUGUGACAAUCCACCUUCCUCAGAGCGUUUCUUUGCCAUUUUGCUCUCAGGAUUGUCUGCUCUGUGUUGCCUCCAGCAUUAAAUCGCAGUGAGGGUGAGGGAUCGGGAUUCCUGUCUAUGCACGGCGCUUUCUAGUACAGUAUCGCUGCUGACACCUGCGGUAGCAGCCAGCUGAGGACUAAUGGUUUCCUGCAUCUACUUUUAGCAUUGUCUGCUACUAUUGUUCGCUCUUUGGAAAGAUUCAGCAGCUGGGAAUCAUUUCAGAAAGUCUGCCUUGCCAGAUCCAGGGAUAUGACUCCCAUUUGCCAUUGCCAGGCAGCUUUUAAUGGCUAGACGAAAAAGCUUUUCUCACCCAAGAGAGGAGUCACAGGUGGCAUUUGAGAAACAUUGGAGAUGGUAGACUUAGGAGGACACUUGUAUGGUCCUUACGUUCUCAGAGUGCCCGAACCUGCAGAGAGAUUUGUUGACAUAGCUGGUUACAUCAGAGCUGAGCUCAGCCACGUGGCGCCUGUUCAAGCGAGAUGUGGUGUAUUGCUGUAUCCCCACACGGCUCUCAGCGCUGAGCUAACGAAGUGACUGGCUGGCAGGAGAUAACAGCUCCUGAGUCCUCUCCAGCAGGAGACAUUGAAAAAGAGUGACCUUCUCUUCCUCCUCUUAUAUUUAACAGUAAAAUCAAACAUGUCGCUGUUCGUGUCUAAUAUUUAGGAAAGAUGCUUAACUGAGAGCCUUUGAAGGAAAAUUCCUGAGAUUAUCCUCCGAGCAGCGUUUUUCCGGCAGCGUGUUAGUCAGAGCUGAAUCAGAGGAGUCGGCGCUAGCAGCAGCAGCGAUCCUCUUGGCCCUCUCAGCUCGCAGCUUUUCCAACCCGAGUGCCAGUUAAUACUAACAUUGCAAUGAACUCGGGCUCGCUGCGAGCUGAAUCAAACACCCUACCUCAGUCACCAAAUAAGCAGGAUAUUCUUUGGACUGUGGCAGAUCAGACACUACAAAAACACCGGAGCCUGGCACACAGCUGAUGCCUCCAAAAAUGACAUGACUUUUCAGUGUCUGAUUGCUUGUUUUGAUCUCUGCUGCUGAAGAUGGAUGUAAUCAGGGAAGCAGUCCCCUGUGAGCAACCAGGGAUUUAAUACCAGAAGCCAUUUUCCACAACCUGAUGGUAUCCAUCCAGAGAAUUAAAAAUCCUGAAGAAUGGCUCUACCUACCUCCAAGCAUCUGGCCGAAAGCUUCAUUUUUCUUCUGUUUGUAAUCUCUUCUGCAAGCACAGCAGAAGCAGCUGUGACAUGUCCCGAUAAGGAUCCUGAGCUACAAAUCUGGAACCCAGGUCACAAUGAAGAAAACCGCAUCGAAAUCCAUAAUGGCAGGAAGCUCCUUCUCUCUUCUUCUGCUACUGUUCACUCUAUCCACAUCACUGAUGGAGGAAAACUGGUCAUUAAAGACGAUGUGCAGCCUAUCAUUUUGCGUACUAGACAUAUACUCAUUGAAAAUGAUGGAGAGUUACAUAUCGGCAGUGAGAUGUGCCCUUACCAAGGCAAUGUGGUUAUCAUCUUAUAUGGGCGAGCGGAUGACGGCAGCGAGCCAAAUCCCUACUUUGGGCAGAAGUAUCUUGGAGUAAAUAAAGGUGGCACUCUUGAGAUCCAUGGAAAGAAAAAGCUGUCCUGGACUUUCUUAAACAAAACUCUUCAUCCUGGUGGCAUGGAAGAAGGUGGAUAUUACUUUGAAAGGAGCUGGGGCCAUCGAGGUGUCAUUGUCCAUGUUAUUGACCCAAAGACGGGGGCAGUUGUCCAUUCAGAUCGGUUUGAUACCUACAGAGCAAAAGAGGAAAGCAUACGUCUUGCCCAGUAUUUGGGCAGAGUUGCAAAUGACAUGAUCCUGUCGGUUGCAGUGAACGAUGAAGGAUCUAGAAACUUGGACGACUCGGCCAGGAAAGCAAUGACCAAACUGGGCAGCAAGCAUUUCCUCCACCUUGGGUUUAGGCACCCAUGGAGUUUUAUUACCGUUAAAGGAAAUCCCUCCUCUUCUGUUGAAGACCACGUUGAAUAUCAAGGUCACAAAGGGUCAGCUGUGGCCAAAGUAUUCAAGCUAUUCAAAGCUGAGAAUGGAGAAUAUUUUAACGUCUCUUCGACUAGUGAGUGGGUUCAAGAUGCAGAAUGGACAGAGUGGUUUGAGAAGCCUGAUAAAGCGAGAUCUAAGGACGUGGAGAAGCUUUCUGACUUCAAAGCUGCUCAUCCUGAUAAAAUCUGUAGGCAACCCAUUGACAUCCAGGCAAUGACGCUUGAUGGAGCUAAUUUAACAAUCGAGGUUUUUUACAAGAGUGGCCACGAUUACAGGUUUCUGUGCCAUGGCAAGGACCAGACGGGCGAAGGCUGCCAGAACUACAGAGUACGGUUCCUGUGUGGCAGAUCUGUGAAACCAAAGCUUACAGUAACCAUUGACACCAAUGUGAACAGCACGGUCUUGAAUCUGGUGGAUGACGUGAGCUCAUGGAAACCUGGAGACAGGCUGGUGGUUGCAAGCACCGACUACUCCAUGUACCAGGCGGAGGAGUUCCAAGUACUGCCAUGCAGAGCCUGCAGACCCACCCAGGUCAAGGUAGCAGGGAAAGCAGCAUACCUCCACAUCGGUGAAGUUGUUGAUGGUGUUGACAUGCGGGCAGAAGUGGGGCUGCUGAGCCGCAACGUCGUGGUGAUGGGCGAGAUGGAGGGGCGGUGCUAUGAGUACGGCAGCAAGUUAUGCUCCUUCUUUGAUUUCGACACCUUUGGGGGACACAUCAAGAUUGGUCUUGAUUUUAAGGCUACCCAUAUUGAAGGUCUAGAACUGAAAUAUAUGGGCCAGCAGACAAUGGGACAUUACCCAAUCCAUUUCCAUAUGGCUGGAGACGUGGAUGAGAAAGGAGGCUACAACCCUCCAACGUAUGUGAAGGAUGUCUCCAUCCACCAUACCUUCUCCCGCUGUGUCACAGUCCACGGAUCCAAUGGUUUACUGGUGAAGGAUGUAGUGGGUUAUGAUGCACUGGGUCAUUGCUUCUUUACGGAGGAUGGACCAGAAGAGCGCAACACAUUUGAUCACUGCCUUGGACUGCUUGUUAAACCUAGCACUCUGCUCCCCUCUGACCGAGACAGCAGGAUGUGCAAGCAGAUCACGGAGGGCGCUUACCCGGGGUACAUCCCUAAACCCAGGCAGGACUGUAGCGCCGUAUCCACCUUCUGGAUAGCCAACCCACACAACAACCUUAUAAACUGUGCAGCUGCGGGAUCUGAAGAAACAGGCUUUUGGUUUGUUCUGCACCACGUGCCAACGGGGCCCUCCGCGGGCAUGUACUCCCCUGGCUACUCGGAGCACAUGCCGAUGGGGAAAUUCUCCAACAACCGCGCGCAUUCCAACUACCGGGCUGGAAUGAUCAUCGAUAACGGCGUUAAAACCACUCCAGCCUCCGCCAAGGACAAAAGACCUAUCCUGACGCUGAUUUCUGGGAGAUACAGCCCACACAAAGAUGCUGAUCCUUUGAAGCCCAGGGAACCUGCAAUAAUUGAGCGCUUUAUUGCCUACAAGAAUCAGGAUCACGGGGCCUGGCUGCGGGGUGGAGAUGUGUGGCUGGACAACUGCCAGUUUGCUGACAACGGCAUUGGCCUGACCUUGGCGAGCGGUGGGACUUUCCCUCAUGAUGAUGGCUCAAAGCAAGAAAUCAAGAACAGCCUGUUUGUUGGCGAGAGUGGAAACCUGGGCACUGAGACGAUGGACAAUGAGAUCUGGGGACCUGGAGGUCUGGAUCACAGAGGAAGGACCCUGCCCAUCGGCCCGGAUUUUCCCAUUCGAGGAAUUCAGUUCUACGAUGGACCGAUCAACGUCCAGAACUGCACCUUCCGCAAAUUUGCUGCCCUGGAUGGCCGGCACACGAGUGCCCUGGCUUUCCGGCUCAAUAACGCCUGGCAGAGCUGUCCCAACAACAACGUCACUGACAUCCAUUUUGAAGACGUGCCUAUUACCUCAAGGGUCUUCUUUGGAGAACCUGGACCCUGGUUCAAUGAUCUGGAUAUGGAUGGUGACAAAACAUCAGUUUUUCAUGACGUAGAUGGUUCUGUGUCCGAAUAUCCAGGCUCGUACCUGAUAAAAGAAGAUAACUGGUUAAUCAAGCACCCUGACUGCAUUGACGUGCCUGACUGGAGAGGUUCCAUCUGCAGUGGACACUUUGCACAGUUAUACAUCCAAGCGUACAAGCCAGCCAACCUGAAAAUGAAAAUAAUAAAAAAUGACUACCACAAUCACCCACUCUACUUGGAAGGGGCUUUGAGCAAAAGCACUCAUUACCAGCAAUAUCAGCCAGUUGUAACUCUGAGGAAAGGCUACACCAUCCACUGGGACAAGACAGCCCCUGAAGAGCUGGCCAUAUGGCUCAUCAACUUCAACAAGAACGACUGGAUCCAAGUAGGGUUUUGCUAUCCUAAAGGGACGACAUUUUCCAUUCUCUCAGACAUCCACAAUCGUCUCUUGAAGAAAACAUACAAAACUGGAACCUUCUAUAGAACCUCUCAAAUGGAGAAACUGGAGCACAGAUACCCUAGCAAAGGUUACUACUACUGGGAUGAGGACACUGGGCUGCUCUUUCUGAAACUCAAAGCCCAAAAUGAGAAGGAAAAAUUUGCUUUCUGCUCUGUCAAGGGCUGUGAACGAAUAAGGAUCAAAGCUGUGAUUCCAAAGACAGCUGGCGUCAGUGACUGUGAAGCCAUGGCCUAUCCCAAGUACAUUGAGACACCAAUAGUAGAAGUGCCAAUGCCUAAGAAGCUCUCCAGCGCACAACUGAAGACUAAGGACCACCUACUAGAAGUGAAAAUAGAAACUUACAAGAAGCAGUACUUCCACCUAAAGGAUGACUUUGCAUACAUUGAGGUUGACGGUGUCAGGUUUUUCCUCACUGAUGAGGGUAUCCAACUGGUUGUGAUUGAUGGACAUCACGGAAAAGUUGUUGAUCGAGUAACAUUCAAAAACUCAAUUCUACAAGGAAUCCCAGCACAGAUAGAAAAUUAUGUCAACAACAUCAAAGAUCACUCUAUAGUGCUGGUGACAUCUAAAGGAAGAUUCAUUUCAAGAGGACCAUGGACUAAAGUACUGGAGAAACUUGGAGCAGAAGAGGGUUUUAGGUUAAAAGAAAAAAUGGCUUUUGUCGGAUUCAAAGGCAGCUUCCGCCCUGUCUGGGUGAAGUUGGUCACUAAUGAGGACUCAGCUAAAAUCUUUCAAGCACUGCCAGUUCCUGUGGUGAAGAAAAUGAAAUUGUGAGGACACACUGCUCUGCCUUCUGGCUGCCAGCACUGCCCCCGUGGGAUGGACUACUGACUGCUCACCACAGGCACCUUGCCAGCCUACUCAGAGGUGUAGCAUUUUGUUGUUGUUGUUGUUGUUCAAAAAGAAAUCUUACUGUAAGUAGCUAGAGUGGCCACAUGUGACAGAAAAGCCUUCCUCUGUGAUCAGCGUAUCUUCUGUGAUCACCAGCUCCUCGCCGGUUGACUUGCUCACCAAUGCCGUGUUGACUCUCAUGUUACUAAGCAAGGUUUGACCUGUUUUACAGGGUGCUGGUUUUAUCGGCACCCCUGUGACGGAUUAACUUACGUGCUGCCUCGUGAAGGGGGAGUUGUAGGUCUGAAGGCCAUCGAGGAUUACUGGUUUUACUGGCCUCUAAGGUUGUCCAAACAUUAUUUUUUUUUCCAUGCUGUAACUAGCUGCUCACAUAAAUGUGGAAUGCCAGUUCAAAGUCUGGUUGAAAAUCUAAGAUAGAAAGAGUGUAUUUGAAUGAAUCCCUAGAUGCUGGGAAACCUACUGGACAGUAAGAAUUUAUCCUAAAGCUUUUAUGACAUUUGAUCAAGCUCUUUGGGAUCUAUGUUGUACAUGCUAACCCACGGCACAUAGUUGGGGAAGAGACGAGAGGAGGAGAAGAUAAAACAUGCCCGCUGAGACUGAUGAAACCACAUCUUUCUGCUUGCUCAGAAAAUUGCGUUUCUCCUAUGGAUCAAGGGGGUUUAGUAGUGGUUACUCAAAUGGGAAGUUUUCCUUCAACCAGCAGCUGUAGGCUAGAAGGAAAGAAAUGUCAAUUAGCACAUACAUUUUCUCUGCCUUUCCUAUAUAGUCCCUCCAUACAAUAAUGUUCAGGAUCAGUCCGGAGGGUUUAUGGUAGCCAGUGAAAGAGAGAAUCCUGUUCAAGGUUUCCAGUUUUUAACUGGGAAUACUGGAACUCACUUUAUUCAGCCUCAAAGAGAAUGAACAGACUUUCUAGGGAGGUCAGAGAGAACGGGAUGAGACUGCUCUGCUGUGUGUUGCUUUCUGAUCCUGUCCUCAGGCUUAAGGGUAUGAGGGUCCUCCUGGAAGAGUUAAAUGGAAUCUGGAUGGAAGAUGACAGAGGUCUUACCAGGUAGCUGCAGAAUUAGAGUGGGAAUCCCCAUACACUAGUUGGAUGUCUUGUGCCUCCUUUCCCCCUUCUUCAAAGCAGUAUCUGGGUAACGAAGGCAGAUUAGUGUGAAUCAGGACUCCUGCGGGGACAUCUCUUGAAGCUGGGAAAUGAAACAUUAUCUUGUAAAACAUUGUAAGCACCUCUCGUGUUCAGUGAUAUAUCUGGCUGCUGCUCAGAAAUGCCAUGAAGGCGUUUCCAGAGCCUGUGGCUAUUCUAGGAAAUAUAAGAGGGGGAGGGGGGAGUAAAAGAUAGGAUGAAGAGCUUUUCAAAGCACAUAGAAUGUCAAUUUUGCCAAUAAUAUCUGGAUUUGUUUCCCCACUUAGUUUCUGCCUGUCCCCAUUGCUACAGAAAUUAUUCUAGUUGCUGAUGGUUAGUUCAUUUUGCUCUGUUUUAAUUAGAGGUCAUGUAAUUAAGUUGUUUUUUUCCACAGUAUCCAAAAUGCUAUUGUGCAGCUAGAAUGAAAGAGCAACCAUUUUAUGUGUCAUUCCAAAGGCUGGGCAGGUGUUGCACUCACUCAAUAAACCUGGUUUUGAUCAAUUGCUCUGAAAGUCAAAGCAACCAUGAACAAAAUUCAGAUAAAUAAUACUGUAGGUUACAUUCCCCUCAAGCCUCUCCUGGGUUUUGAAACUGGAAAUGUUCUUUUCAGUCUUACUAUGUAGUUGUUUUGAACUUGCUGAAUGUCAUGUGUAACGCAUUUAAAAAAAAAAAAAAAGAAAGAAA